AUGUAUAGAUAUUUGCUUGCGAUUUGCUUAAGAGCAACGUGGGGCGAGUACACUCCGAAAAUUGAUCCUAAGUCGUUUGAGUUGUGGAGGCUCAAAGUCGAGAAGAAGGUGAAAACGACGGAGCGCGCACAUCGCAUCCACUUCCUCUACCGGGGACAGACAAUCUCGCCGUGGCAUGAUAUACCGUUCUGGGCCGGCUAUUCCGAAGAGGAUAAACAACCUCUAUUACAUUUCGUAUGUGAGAUUCCACGAAUGACACAUGCAAAGUUGGAGAUCCAUAAAGGGCACGAGCCCAACCCUCUCAUUCAAGACACCGUGGGGAAUAACAAGCUGCGCUUUUACAAAUAUGGGGAAUCAAUCGUUAAUUAUGGAGCUAUCGCUCAAACCUGGGAGGACCCGAAUAUUGCAGACCCUGACACGGGCUUGGGUGGCGAUAACGACCCCAUCGACGUGCUCCAGCUCAACUCAAAGCCCUGCCGCCGAGGUUCCGUCCAGCGUGUGCGCGUUCUCGGCGCUCUGGCGCUCAUAGACAGUGGAGAGACUGAUUGGAAGUUGUUGGUCGUUGAUGUGGAUGAUGUUUCAGAGAAAGAUGCUACGAAAUGGCGUCAUGUCGAUGAAAUCCCCAGAGACCGCGUCGAUGAGAUCCGUAAUUGGUUUAGGAUGUAUAAGACCGCCGAAGGAAAACCAGAGAAUGUCUAUGCGCUUGGUGGAAAGGUUGUCGACCAAGAAUAUGCCAUGCGGGUUGCGAAGCGCACACAUCAACACUGGAAGGAUUUCGUGAAUGGCGCGGCGAAGUGUCUCACGUCGUGUCAUAGUCAAGAAUGCCAUGGUCACGAAAUCCCCUGCUGGGUCGGCUCCGAUAACGGUGCUGAUCUCUGAGCAUGGUGGCUACCAGCGUGUGCACUACACUUGUACGCCAGCGGUGUGCACCUCGGCGCAGCAUCUUGGCCCCUGCUAUGGGCCCGUGCCGGGCCUCAGCCCGCUGCUUCAGCCUGGCCUCGGCCUGGACGGAAACCUCAACCGUGGUGGGUUCCGAGUUAACUACUACAAGUAGUAGGCCGAGGCACUAGU